ACGUCAAUUUCUUUUAAUCUCUUCUUGAAUGCUCAUGACGUAUGUAUUAUCAUGACUAACUUCAGUAAUGCUGACAACAUUUUAAAUCAGACUGAAACAUUAGAGAGUUCCGGUAUUAGUGAUUAUGUUUAUUUUAUGGUACUUUUGGUCACCAAUGGUAUUAUAGCCAACAUUCUUUCUUUAUUAGGAAUCACGGGAAGUAUACUUAACAUAAUAAUUUUGUCUCAUCAUAAAAUGCAGGAUACAACCAAUGUGGUGUUGUUGGCCAUUUCUGUUUGUGAUCUAAUGUAUUCACUGACACAGAUAUCUUUUAAUUUGACUUAUACGUCGUUUUUACUAAGCCUAUACAUUUAUCAGUGGGUAAUAACUCUACACGCCAUCUGUUUGGACUAUGUCAAUUAUCUUUCAUUUAUUCUCAGUAUCCAUUUAGUGACUUUAGUUUCUAUUGAACGAAUGGUGGCCAUUUGUUUUCCAUUUCAUGUUUCAAGAAUUUUUACAGUCCAUCGUAUCCAACGUGUUAUUAUUUCUCUCUUGCUGUUCAACAUUAUAUUUAUGUCCCCUUGGUUUGUAACUUACAAUAUAGAUUACAUAAACUACAAUGACAUAACACUGCCAGCUCUGGAGUUCAGUGCAGUGUAUUUACAUAACUAUGUUAUCCUCUAUAACUAUACAGCUGUCAUCUUAUUUUUGCUAAUAGCGGUUUUCCCUUUUUGUAUUAUACUUCUAUGUACGUGUCUAACUCUGUUCAAUAUUUCAUUGUCAUCGAAAAGGAAAUCAAUGAUGUCUACAUUAGAAGCGAUUGCCAAACGUCAAAAAGAAAUGAAAUCUGUUAAAAUGGUUUUAGUUAUUUGUGUAUUUGUUUUGUUUCUUGUUGUGAUUCCUUGGGGCCUUCAACAAAUUUUUCUCAUACUAAUAUCGAUACCCAUAAAACUGUCUAAUAUAAUUGUCUGGAUAGUCAACAUUCUGGUUCAAAUAAACUCUUCAUUUAAUUUUGUCAUCUAUGUUACAGGAAGUCCGAAGUUUAAAAAAACAUUUAUACAACUUUUGUUUAAACAAAAAGGGACAAAACAUUGACAGUUGAACGCUAAGGCAAAACCAUUAUUACAUUGAAGAAUUUUUAAAAUUCUUUUUAAAUAACUUUUUA